AUGGAUCCCUCUAGCUACGCCCAGAACACCCAGUUUGACAACACCACUCCCAACUCCCCGCCACCGCGCUCUACCAAUACUACCACUCCUGCCACAGCUGUUCCCGAAACACAAGAGUCCCAGAUACCUGGUCCUUCCAACGCGCCGACAGCUCCUUCUACCACUCCCACCGUCACCCCUGCUGACUGGUGGGUUUACCAAAUCCCCUCCCCGUCUGCCUCCUACGACGCCGACGAUGACUACGGACUCGGAGCCGCAUUGGAUGACAACGCCGCGCCAGGAGAGGUUGAAGAGGAACCCGCGGCACAGCCAACGGAGCCAAGCACCACCACUGCCGCUGGUUCUCGCCACUCCAUUGCCAGAAACUCGCCACGCUGGACCCCUGAGGAGGAGUGCGAGGUGCUGGCGACGUUCAUCGAUCUCGACGCGCAGAUCCGCGCACGCAUCGGGCAGCAAGGACGGUCCUGCAUGGCGACGGCGCGCCCAGCUCCCCCGGCCGCCACCAACACCCGCGCCACACCGACGUUGCCAUCUGUGACGACUACCCCGACGGUGGCUACGCCUCACCCGCAGACUUCAAGCCCUUCGCAGACUGCUGCCGCACGCACCGUCACCGCUCCCCGCCCUCCCGCUCCCGACUCGCCAGAUAUCCCAGCCGUCGUACCCACGCCGUCCCCCGCCACCAGCCGCAUUACCGAGCCUGCCUCUCCCGGUCUUGAAGCCGGCGCCCUCGCUCCGUCUCAUCGCGCCCCCGAGACUCCACUCUCGCCAGACACUAUCGCUCCGAGCAACGGCGGCUCCCAAAGCGGCGGCACGCUCCCGUCAGGUUCGACGACGGGUAUCUCUAUCCGCGGACGGCGCCUCACUUGGGGGGCGCGCCCUUUGUCUGAUGGCGGGGAGGGGUGUUCAAGGAAUGCGUGGUGGCAGUACCCACGCAAGCAAGACGGCGAGAUGGAUGGGAAAAAGAAGAAUGCCGCAAAACGCGGUGUUGGCCGCAAGGCAGCCGAGAAGAAGAAAUCGUCAAGCACUGCCGACUUGGUAGGGGAUCUACGGGAUCAUUUUGACAAACGGCAGGAUGAGAAGUGGGAGGAAUUCAAGUCACUAACCCGGGAGGUGUUUCGCGGGUACGCGGAUGAGCGGCGCAGUAGGAGGCGUAGAUCGCCGCAAUCCACCUCUUCAUCCGAAGAUGAGGCGUGA